AAAUUUUAAACCAAUUCUUCUGUCCUCACUUAUCCAGUAAGGCUCUACAGAUGUCGGAGACCGAGCAACCAAUUUCGCGGUAAGUUUCUUUAGAAAUCUUCUUAUGGAGUCCCUCAAGACUUCAUUCCUCAGUCCAAUCCACCUCCCUUCCCCUUCCAAUCGCAGCACCCGCUACUCGUUAAAGUCCAAAAAUGCCCAAAUUUUCAUCAUCCGCUCAUCGGUAACGCCCGAUCCUUGGUCUCUCAGCGAUGGCAAUCCCGCAAGACCAAAACCCAGGUCCAAAAACGCCAAAAAGCCGCUCUCCGACGACAACGCCCGCCGAAUCAUCAAGGCCAAAGCUCAGUACCUCAGUGUACUGCGUCGAAAUCAGGGCCCAAGAGCUCAAACGCCCAAAUGGAUCAAGAGAACUCCGGAGCAGAUGGUGCAGUACCUUGAGGACGAUAGAAAUGGCCACCUCUAUGGAAAGCAUGUGGUGGCGGCGAUUAGGCACGUGCGGAGUUUGUCUCAGAAAACCAAGGGAGAAUACGAUAUGAGGAUGGAGAUGGCUUCUUUUGUUGGCAAAUUGACCUUCAGGGAGAUGUGUAUUGUUCUUAAGGAACAGAAGGGGUGGAGGCAGGUCAGAGAUGUGUUUGAUUGGAUGAAAUUGCAGUUGAGUUAUCGCCCAAGUGUCAUUGUCUACACAAUUGUUUUGCGCACAUAUGGGCAAGUUGGAAAAAUAAAGCUGGCUGAAGAAACUUUCUUGGAGAUGCUUGAAGUUGGAUUAGAACCAGAUGAAGUUGCUUGUGGAACGAUGUUAUGUACAUAUGCCAGAUGGGGACAUCAUAAGGCUAUGUUGUCUUUCUAUUCUGCUGUUAAGGACAGGGGAAUUAUACAUUCUAUUGCUGUUUUCAAUUUUAUGCUGUCCUCUUUGCAGAAGAAGGGACUCCAUGCUAAGGUCAAAGAAUUAUGGAUGCAGAUGGUAGAGAUAGGAGUGACAUUCAAUGAUUUUACCUAUACAGUAGUUAUCAACUCACUUGUUAAGGAAGGCCAUAGUGAGGAGGCUUUCAAAGUUUUCAAUGAGAUGAAGAACUGUGGGUUUGUUCCUGAAGAGGUGACUUAUAACCUACUUAUUAGUUUAAGCAUUAAAAGAGGGAACUCAGAUGAAGUUUUGAGACUCUACAAGGACAUGAGAGAUAAGGAUAUUGUUCCAAGUAACUAUACUUGUUCUUCCCUUCUGACAUUGUUUUACAAGAAUGGAGAUUUUUCUAAGGCCCUUUCUCUGUUUUCAGAGAUGGAAAGCAAAAAAGUUGUGGUUGAUGAAGUCAUAUAUGGAUUACUUAUUAGAAUAUAUGGAAAAUUGGGUCUAUAUGAGGAUGCCCAUAAAACAUUUGAAGAAAUGGAGCAGUUAGGUUUACUUACAGAUGAGAAAAGCUAUUUGGCAAUGGCUCAAGUCCAUCUCAGUUCAAGGAACUUUGAGAAAGCUUUAGACAUAAUUGAGUUGAUGAAAUCUAGAAACAUUUGGUUGUCAAGAUUUGCUUAUAUAGUAUCGUUGCAAUGUUAUGUAAUGAAAGAAGAUAUAAGGUCUGCAGAAUCCACAUUUCAAGCUUUAUCCAAAACUGGACUUCCUGAUGCUCGUUCUUGUAUUUAUAUUCUGAAUUUGUAUUUAAAACUAGAUUUAGUGAACAAGGCUAAAGAUUUUAUAGCCCAUAUAAGAAAGGAUGGGGUAGUUUUUGAUGAGGAACUUUAUAAAUUGGUUAUGAGAGUCUAUUGCAAGGAGGGGUUGUCAAAAGAUGCUGAGAUUUUAAUCGAACUUAUGAAGAAGGAUGAAUUAUUUGUUGAUAAUAAAUUUAUGGAGACAUUUUCAUUUAUGUUUAAACUUGAUGGAGGUGAGAUAAAUGAAAACACAAUUGUCAGUUAUGACCAACCUGAUCAUAUGGCUCUCGAUAUGAUACUUCGGCUGUAUUUGGCAAACGGUGAUGCUGGUAAAAGGAGUAAGAUCCUGAAAUUUAUACUUGGGAAAGGUGGCGUGACCGUUGUGAGUCAACUCGUAGCUAAUUUGAUUAGAGAAGGUGAUUCAUUAAAAGCAGGAAUGCUUACAAAAGAAUUACUCAAGCUUGACUGCCGACUAGAUGAUGCUACUAUAGCUUCCUUAAUCAGUUUGUAUGGGAAAGAGAAGAAAAUAAAUCAAGCAGCAGAAAUUUUGGCAGCAGUUGCAGAUUCUUGCACAUCGACAUUGAUUUUUGGUUCCAUGAUUGAUGCCUAUAUCAAAUGUGAUAAAGCUGAAGAAGCAUUCACACUAUACAAAGAACUAAUUGAAAAAGGAUAUGAUCUUGGUGCUGUUGCUGUCAGCAGAAUAGUGAAUACUUUGACUGUUGGUGGAAAACAUCGAGUGGCAGAGAAUGUGAUACGUGCGAGUCUUAAUUGUGGCUUGGAGCUUGAUACGGUGGCAUUCAAUACAUUUAUCAAGGCAAUGCUGGAGGCAGGGAAACUGCAUUUUGCAUCCAGAAUAUAUGAGCAUAUGAUUGCCCUUGGCGUUGUACCAUCAAUUCAGACAUAUAACACCAUGAUUAGUGUCUAUGGACGAGGUCGGAAGCUCGAUAAGGCUGUGGAAAUGUUUAAUGCAGCUCGCAGCUCAGGACUCUCUCCCGAUGAAAAGGCAUAUACAAACCUGAUUAACUGCUACGGGAAGGCUGGUAAGACGCAUGAAGCAAGCUUGCUGUUCAAAGAAAUGCUGGAAGAAGGGAUUAAACCUGGGAUGGUCAGCUACAAUAUUAUGGUCAAUGUAUAUGCUAAUGCGGGACUUCAUGAAGAAACAGAGAAGGUUUUCAAAGCAAUAGAGCAAGACGGUUUCUCACCCGAUUCUUUUACCUACUUCUCGCUCAUUCGAGCUUACACACAGAGUUGCAAAUAUUCAGAAGCGGAGAAAAUCAUUAACUCUAUGCAGGAAAAAGGCAUCCCCACGUCUUGUGCACAUUACGACCUGUUGCUCUCAGCUUUGGCAAAGGCAGGGAUGAUAAGGAAAGCAGAAAGAGUCUAUGAUGAACUUCAAACAGCUGGUCUAUAUCCCGAUGUUACAUGCAAUCGGACGUUGAUGAGAGGUUACCUGGACUAUGGAUAUGUCAAAGAAGGCAUCAAGUUCUUUGAAUCUACAUGCAAAUAUGCAGGAGACAGGUUUAUAAUGAGUGCUGCUGUGCAUUUUUACAAGGUUGAAGGAAAGGAGGAUGAAGCAUUGAAUAUUUUGGAUUCCAUGAAAACUUUGGGUAUUUCCUUCUUGAAAGACCUUCAAGUCGGAUCGAAGGUAGAGUCUGCUUGAGCCUCAGCAUAUUCAGUGAUUCGAUUCACAGAAACAUUACCUGCGGAAAUGUCAUUUGACUGAGAAGCAAAGGGAGUUAAGAAGAUGCACAUACAAGAGAAUGUACUGGAUAUGUGAAUAUUAUACAUGGAGCUAUAAUAUAUGUCUCUUGGACCAAUGUGUUCAUCAAACGUCUUGGAAUGGUUGCAGAAACAUCCCUGGUUACUGUAAGGAAAUUGAGGACAAUAAAUGGGAUCGAAAGAUCACAUCAACUGAUUUAACUGCUGUUCUGAUCUCUCUUUUCGAUCUUGCUGAGAUGACACGGUAUUGAGGAAUUUUAUUGUCCUGGAUUGCUUAUUUGGUUAUUUACGCUAUACCGAUAUGACAGUCAGGGCUGAAAAGUGACAUUGAUUGGAUGAAGAUGACAUCUUCUUGCCAAUCUAGAUACUGUUCUGAGGAAGUUGGAUGAACUUGUGAAUAGAAUAUUCGUUGUACUGGAAGCUGUCAAGGGGAAAUGGGAAAUAUAUUAGCAACUAGAGUGUAAUCCUCAUGUUGCUAGUUGAUCUAGUUUGUAAUUGUAUCAUCUUUUCAUCUAUCUUUUAAGUUUGUUUCUAAACUAAAGUUAUUCAAAUUUGAAAUGCUCUGCAAAUUAUCAUUGUACCCCUUCAUUUUUAAUGGAACAACUUGUCAAAAUUAAAGUUCA